CACAGAAGGGAAGGGGAGGGCAUCAGUCUGUUCUCAUCUCCUCUAGAUGUGGAUUGUAUCUUGUUUUCACCAUGGCAUCACAGCAGCAUGGAUAUCAAGCUCUUCUGGGAGAUGAGAUGGGCUUUAAGCAGAACGUGUCAUCUUCAUCAAAGCACCUCUGAGAUGGCCGUGCAUGCGUGCAGCUGCAGGCAGAAAUGCAUCAGGCUCUCUCAAGCAAACGGCAGCCUGCAGUGGGAGGUUGAUUGAGUGUGUAUGUGUGCGUGUGUGUAUGUGUGCGCUCGUGUGUGUGUGUGUGUGUGUUAAUUCAGACCCACAAAGCCCGGCAGGAGAGGAUCGCCACACAACGGCAAGGUCUCUGCUGUAGAAUCUGACAAUGUUUCGCAAGAAGAAGAAAAAGAGGCCGGAAAUUUCAGCACCGAAAAACUUUGAGCAUCGUGUUCAUACCUCUUUUGAUGCCAAGCGAGGGGUCUUUGUCGGCCUUCCUACACAAUGGCAGAGUUUAAUAGAGAACCUCCGCAGACCCAAACCGAUGGUGGACCCAUCCCGAAUAACACCAGUGGAGCUCAAACCAAAGAAGACCAUCGUACGAGGCAGUAUGAUCGGCCACGGGGAUUACAUCUCCGCCAUGCUGUCAGACAUGAGCCGCCUGUCCGUCACCAGCUCCAACUCUCUGCGCAAGAGCAGCCCGUCGGCACGCAAGAGAGCUCAGUCGCUGGGUCGCCUGGGGGAGGUGAACGAGGGCGAGGCGUAUCAGUACGAAGGUCUGGAACCCUCCCAGGAUGAGCCGGAAUCUGUCUGGGCCGACAGGUCACGGAACAUCCACAGCGAGAGCGGAACGCCAUACAUGGGUCUGAAGAGAAGCAUCACGCUCCAGCCCAACGGUGUGCUGCCCAGAGCCAAGUCCACUUAUGAGGUCAGCACGAGCUUCUUGGAGGGACCUCCGCCUCCUCCGUCUCUUCCGGCCCCUCCGCCACCCCCGAUCCAAAUCCCACAGCCUCCCAGAUCUGUGUAUUUGGGUGGAGAUGUGGGAAGUCCGACAGAGAGACUCAUGAUGAGAAGAGAGUUUCCCAUUGUGUUCUCCCACAACCACAGACCCAUUUCAUGUUUUUAUAGCCCUACAAUGCCCAUGCAUCAACCUCAUGGAGACAGCGGGGGUCUCACUCCUGAUAUGAGGACUUCUAACAGGUUACUGGUACAUCCUCAAAACAGCCCUGGAAGACCGUUCUCCUCAUACGACCUGAAGGCAGAGGCAGCCAUGAGACAUCAAGCGGGAUAUUUGCACAGCGGAACCAGCAGUCCACUCGUGAGAGGUCACAAAACCGUCCGCUCCUCCUCCAGCUACACCAUCGGACUCUCACCCAACAUUAGUUAUCGGCCCACGGGUCCAGACCCAUUCAUGAGACACUCGGGUUGCCCGAACCCAGGACUCUUCCCCAGACAGGACAGCCCCUCACAACCCAGACCAUCACCCACCGGUUCCCUCGCCAACAGCCCUCCGGGAACCUGUUCGCCCGCGUUCAGACCCCCUCUGCACCCUUCACCGCGCCCCCCGCCCGAUCCUCCUAAAGUCACCCAUGAGCAGUUCAAGGCAGCUUUGCAGAUGGUUGUAGAUAAAGGAGACCCUCGGUCAUACCUGGAGAACUUUGUGAAGAUUGGAGAAGGCUCCACGGGUGUGGUGUGCAUCGCCCGUGAGAAACACAGCGGUCGGGUUGUGGCCGUCAAGAUGAUGGACCUUAGGAGACAACAGCGACGGGAACUUCUGUUCAAUGAGGUGGUGAUCAUGAGAGACUAUCAGCACAGGAACGUGGUGGAGAUGUUUAAGAGUUUUCUUGUUGAGGAGGAACUCUGGGUCAUCAUGGAGUAUCUGCAGGGAGGAGCUUUAACAAACAUCGUUUCUGAAACCAGACUGAAUGAAGAGCAGAUUGCUACAGUAUGUGAGGCCGUCCUGCAGGCGCUGGCUUAUCUUCAUUCACAGGGCGUCAUCCACAGAGACAUAAAGAGUGAUUCAAUACUGCUUUCACUGGACGGCAGGAUCAAACUAUCAGACUUUGGAUUUUGUGCCCAGAUCAGUAAGGAUAUCCCGAAGAGGAAGUCCUUGGUGGGAACGCCAUACUGGAUGGCUCCUGAGGUCAUCUCCAAGUCACCGUACGGCACUGAGGUGGAUGUUUGGUCUCUGGGGAUCAUGGUGGUGGAGAUGGUGGAUGGAGAACCUCCGUACUUCAGUGAAACCCCGGUGGCUGCGAUGAAGAGGUUAAGAGAUGAGCUGGCACCCAGCGUACGCAAUGUUCAUCAGGUGUCCCCUGUGCUGAAGGAUUUCCUGGACCGGAUGUUGACCCGAGAUCCACUAGAGAGAGCCAGCGCCACAGAUCUUCUGGAGCAUCCGUUUCUUCUUCAGGCCAGCUCUCCACAGUGUCUGGUGCCUCUAGUGGAGCAAUACCGCAAACGCAUGUCUCGCUGCUGAAGUUUCAGCGCCGGCUCAUUCGCAUGAAGUCCCCUGAGGGACCCUGACAGUGUUAGACGCUCUGCACACGGAAAAUAAACAGAUGUGGCAAAGCAAAGGGCAUUUCCAGCUUAAUGUGAAAAACACUUUUUUCCCCAAAGGGGCCAGAAGUUUAAGAAAUGAAAUGUUUCCUUCUCCUUGAGGACGUCUUAUUGGUGCAGCAUCCGUUUAAGGAGGAAAUUGAUCAGUUGUGUGUUUAUUGAGAAGAGUCACUGGUUUUAUUUGAUGCUGCUCAUAUUUGAUGUGAAUCUGUGUCUACAGAGCAACAAAGACUUGAACAAUCUUUAUCGUAUGCCCUCAAAUGAGCACUCUGAUUAUAUAUUCAGAUUUUUGUUGGAAAGGUGUGUUGGAUCUUUUACCUGUAUUUUUACCAGAAUAAGCUGAUGGUUAUUUAAGACUGGAUUGCAUGUGCAAACAGUGGCACUCAAAGCUUGAAUCUUCAUGUAAAGAAAUGAAAUUAGUUUUCAUAAAAGACAGCAACCGUGAAACGAUGUCACGAAUUGUUAGUACCAACAGGUGCAAAUGUUUUUAAUGAGCCAUUGUACAUAUUUUAAUGACCUAUUUAUUAUUUUUUCAAUGGAUGGACUUGAGCGCCUGCUUUUCAAAAAGGUGUUGUGAAUGGUUUGUAAACUGUGUAAGUAUUGCAUCUGAGUUUAAAAGCUUAUUUCUAAAACUUCUGAUUUUAAACUUACUAACCGUGUCAGAGGAACUAAUAAUGUACAUAAUCAUAACUAAAAAGAAUUUGCAUUUGUUUGAGCGAUGAAGGAAAAAGUUUUAUCUGACGUGUUUACAGUUUGGAUUUUUUUGCAUCCAGUUGUUUUGUGAUGAGAGAGAGAGAGAAAGAAAGAAAGAAAGAGAGAGAGAUUGAAUGUUGUUUAGCUCAUACAGAAUGAGUCUGUGCCAUUUCCCUUAAGAAAAUUAACAAUGGUUUUACUACAGUGAAAACCAAAAAACAUGAACCACUGCAUUGCUAAUUUAAAUCAAUACACAAAAAAACAUGGUUACUACACUUUUACCACACAAAACCUGGAUAAUUUUUGUAAGGGUUUUGUUGUUUAUGUGCACAGAUUUGGCCAGAGUGUCACAUUUCACUUUUUUUUUUUUUAAGAAUAAUUCACCCAAAAAUGUGGAUUGAGUCAUUUAUUAACCCUCUCACCACUUUAAUAAUUCCUUUGUGAUAUUUUGUCCUUUCUUGAAGUUAUUUUGACAGGUUGUUGUCCUGAAGUUCAUGCACAAGUUCUGCUGUCUCAUAGAGUCACUGUACUGGGAUCAGUGCACCUGGAUUUAAGAGUUUAGGUGGACAGGUCUGUGUGCGCGUUUGUGUGUGUGUGUGUGUGUGUGUGUGUGUUUGUAAGACGCUGAUGUGAAGCACCAGGCAGCUCAAAACACUCAACUCCUUGAUUUUCUUCACGUUUUAUGUGGUGGUGUUUGUGAGAAAACAGAGAGACAUUAAAGGUUUUUUAAAUGAAUAAAUCAUGCAUAAUAAAAAUCUCACUGAUAA